AUGUCAAUAUGCAUUACACUUGAGCCACCGGUGGUAAUAUGUUGGUUCAUUUUAGCCAAUCUCGUUAGGUUCAGACUUGGAAAAGCUGCUAGUACAGGGGGAUUCUGCUCUUCUUUGUACAGUAUAUGUGUCACCUCAUGUGCUACAUGCCAAGUUGGGAUUGGAGGUUUAGGGAAAACAACACUUGCACAGCUUGCGUACAAUGAUGACAAGAUUGAAAGAGAAUUCACCUUAAGGAUGUGGGUUUGUGUCUCCCAAAAAUUUGAUGUUGAUAAAAUUCUACGUAGAAUGUUUGAGUUGCUGACAGAUAAGUGUUAUGACCGUUUCACGACGGAGACAGUCCAGAUCGAACUUGAGCACAAAAUUACAAGGAAGAGAUACUUGCUUAUACUGGAUGAUGUGUGGAAUGAAAACCGUGAAGAGUGGCUUAGAUUAACAAGUAUGUUGAUAGUAGGGGGCAAAGGAAGCAGGAUUCUGGUAACCACUCGGUCUCACCUGGUUGCAAGAGUUAUAUAUGAAUUGGAGGGUCUGUCACUAAAAGACUCGUGGACUUUGUUUGAGAAAAAGGCGUUUGAAGGGAGAGGACAAGCAGAUGUAGAACUUGUUGAGAUCGGGAAAGAGAUGGUUAGAAGAUGUGCAAACAUUCCACUUGCCAUAAAGAUCAUUGCCAGCCUUGUAUACGGCCAGGGUAAAAGUAAAUGGAAAUCUUUCAGAGAUAUUGACUUGAUACACUUGAAACAAGAUGGAGUUUUACCUAGUGUUGAAGAAACAGGUGAAGAAUACUUUAUGACCUUGUUGCAUAGAGGCUUCUUACAAGAUGUUAGACAAGGCAAUCUUGGUGAACUUGUAUCUUGUGAAAUUCCGGCUGUCAUGCACAAUUUGGCUCAAGAAGCUUCAAAACUAGAGAUUUUAGUCGCAAACUCUGAUACCAGCCAGUUUAAUGGAAAGCUUCGGCACUUAUCAGUUGGAGAACUGAAUACUUAUCCUACUGAAGAUUCUUCGGUUGAAGAUUUUGCUAUUGAAGAACGUACUGUUGAUCCAAGGGAUUACAAACGUUUGCCUACACUCAAUAAUUUGUUGCAUCUGCGAUAUCUUGAUCUAUCCCAUAAUGAAUACUUGUUGGAGCUUCCUAAUUCACUUGAAAAUCUGCAUAAUUUGCAGACAUUGAAACUAGAUCAUUGUCAGAGACUGAAAGAGUUGCCACGGGGCUUGAGGAAAUUAGUCAAUCUUAAGUACUUGGAGAUAUCUGGAUGUGACAGCUUGACUCAUAUGCCUCAAGGGAUUAGUUGCUUGACCAGUUUGCAAAGCCUAACAAUGUUUGUUGUAGGAAAGACAGAUCUAUUCAAGCAGGUCCGAGUAAGUGAGCUAAAGGGAUGGUGGAAAUCAUCAGGGAAACAGCAGCAAUCAUUGGCAUUUCCUCGGCUUUUUGGUCUGCAAGUACGCAAUUGCCCUCUCCUGACAUCCAUUCCUCUCUGUCCGAAUGUAGAAUAUUUCGAGUUGACUGGAUUUAAUGAAGCAUUCAACCCAUUUGGUAUCAGCAGUAACAAGAAAGCUGUUGCUGUUGCUGUUGCUGUUGCUGAUCAGUCUUCCUCUUUUUCUGGUAUUCCGACUUUGAAGAAACUGAUGAUAGAUAAUGUAGGAUAUCUGAAUUCUUGUCAUGUGGAAUCAUUGCAGCAGUUUCAUUAUAUGGAGAUACAAAGCGCUAAACUACGCAGUCUAUCAACUUGA